AUGCCCCCCUUGCAAAGCCCCCUCCUGCUCCUCCUCUGCCUGCUCGCCGCCAUCCACCUGGGCAAGCUCCUCCUGCAGCAGCAGCAGCGCCGGAGGCAGGGCCAGCGCCGGGCGCCGCCGGGCCCUUUCCCUUGGCCCCUGAUCGGCAACGCGGCUCAGCUGGGCAGCGCCCCGCACCUCUCCUUCGCCCGCCUGGCCAGCACCUACGGCGCCGUCUUCCAAAAACCUUUUGAAACUAUUAUGUACGUACAUCUUACUUUCAAUGACAGGUAUCCGAAUGUGCAGGCUAAAAUGCAAGAAGAAGUGGAUAGAAUUGUUGGAAGAGACCGUCUGCCAUGUGCUGAAGACCAGCCUCACUUGCCUUACAUCAUGGCUUUCUUGUAUGAAUCCAUGCGUUUCAGCAGCUUCGUGCCUGUCACUAUCCCACACGCCACCACAACCAACACCUUCAUAAUGGGCUACCUCAUUCCCAAGGACACAGUGAUUUUUGUUAAUCAGUGGUCAGUGAAUCACGAUCCAGCAAAAUGGUCCAACCCAGAGGAUUUUGAUCCAACCAGAUUUCUAGAUGAGAACGGAUUCAUCAAUAAAGAUCUUACUAGUAGCGUGAUGAUUUUUUCAUUGGGAAAACGUCGCUGUAUUGGAGAAGAGUUAUCCAAGGUGCAGCUGUUCCUCUUCACCUCCAUACUUGUGCAUCAGUGCAAUUUUACUGCUAAUCCAAAUGAGGACCCUAAAAUGGACUUUACCUAUGGGUUGACCAUUAAACCUAAGCCAUUUACCUUGAAUGUUACUCUUAGAGAUACUAUGGAUUUGCUCGAUCAGGCUGUCCAAAGACUGCAAGCAGAGAAAGCAGCCAAUGAAAAUCAGCUGUCAGCAAAUGCCUAA